AACGUCUUACUUGUUGAACAUUACGAGUUCCGCGCGACAUAUCAUUUGCCAAAUCUGUGAAUUAGAUCAAAAGCUGUGAAGAAGUACGACAAGGCAGUGAGUUGCGCCUUAGGUCUUAUCAGAACCACAGGGAAUAGCAGCAUACAAGAGCGAUUCUGGUUUUUGAUUGUGACAGUGGGAUAUUCGGAGAUUUCAGAUGACAGAACGUUUUACUUUUGCGACAGUGUUCAUCUGUCACUGGAGCACACAUUAUUCCAGGGGCAGGACACGAGCUGCAAAAGUUUAAUAUGUUUUAUUUAGUUCAAGAAAUAGGCAAAAACUCAAAGCGCAAAUUACCAACGAACAGUUUUAACACUAGACUGUGGGAAGAGCUGUCAUAUGGCCUAUAACUACAUGUGAGUCCCGAUUUGGAUGUUGUUAACUUUACAGUGAUCUGAAGUUCUACUUAUUUAGUGGACACUCCAUUGGCUACAGCUCUGAUCAUUCAAUCAUUGUCCCUCAACUUUUUCUUCAGUUUUCUCAUUACAAAGGAAUACAUUGCCACGUUUUAAACGUAAGCACACUUGCAUUUCUUCGACAAUUUUCACGGAAUCCGCCGUAUUUAUUGUCAACCUCCAAGAAGCUUCGUGUUGGUGAAAUGGGCUGAUUCGGGGGACACUGAGGUGAGAAUGAUGGGGACUAUGUCGGCAACCAGCGUUAGCAUCCCAUUAUGGAGGCAUUUGCUGGUAAUGCUGGUGUGCUUGACAGCUACGGAGCCACGAAUAACAGACGCUUGUUCUGGACUUCUAAGCAUCGGCUGUAGUUGCACAGACGAGCGCAUGAAGGCUCAUACCACGCCGGGUGUCCGGAAAAGAGUGAGCUGCAGCAGCGACGAACUCACAGAAACUCCAGAAGCCAGUCUCCUCCCCAACCGGACCGUUACUUUGAUUUUGAGCAGCAACCGCAUCAGGGUCCUGCGAAAUGGCUCUUUCAGUGGACUCUCCGUCCUGGAGAAACUAGACCUCAAGAACAACCUCAUCAGCACCAUCAUGCCAGGAGCCUUCCACAGUCUGACUGCACUGAAGAAACUGGACCUGUCCAACAACCGCAUCGGCUGCCUGACACCAGACAUGUUCCAGGGCCUAUCCAACCUCACCAAACUAAACAUCUCAGGCAACAUCUUCUCUUCUUUGGACCCGAGCGUCUUCCAGGAACUCCCCUCUCUAAAGCUGGUAAACUUCAACUCGGAGUUCCUCACCUGUGACUGUGGCCUGCGCUGGGUUCCGGGUUAUUUCCGCACCAGCACUGCGCGGCUUGGCGACGAGACCAUCUGCGCCUAUCCCAGGAGUCUCCAUGGCAAGGCCCUGCGAGGACUGAGAGAAAGCCAUCUGAGUUGUGAUGGGCCUCUGGAGCUCCACACACUGUCCCUGCUCCCCUCGCUCAGGCAGGUGGUGUUCAAAGGGGACCGGCUGCCCUUCCACUGCACCGCCGCCCUGGUGGACAAACUGACCGCCCUGCACUGGAGCCACAAGGGCGAGCCGGUGGUCAACGAGCCCGAGCGCAGCAUCCACCUGGAGAGCAGCGAGAUGCACGACUGCACCUUCAUCACCAGCGAGCUCAUCCUGUCUAACGUGGACGUGAACGCCAGCGGCGAGUGGGAGUGUGUGGUGUCCACGGGCCGCGGCAACUCCUCCCGCAGUGUGGAGAUCGUGGUGCUGGAGAACAGCGCCUCGUUCUGCCCCGAGGAGCUGGUCACCAACAACAGAGGGGAGUUCAGGUGGCCCAGAACCCUGGCGGGCAUCACGUACUAUCUGUCCUGCAACACGCUGCGCUACCCCACGCUGGGCAUCGGGGAGGAGAAGCGCGCCUCGCGCAACUGCGACCGCAUGGGCCGCUGGGAGGACGGAGACUACAGCCAGUGCCACUACACCAACGACAUCACCAGAGUGCUUCACACCUUCAUAAUGAUGCCCAUUAACGCCUCGAACGCGGUGGCGCUGGCUCAGCAGGUGUGCUCGUACACGCUGGAGGCGGCGGGGUUCACGGACGCCGUGGACGUGCGCUACAUCGCUCAGAUGAUGCACAAGUUCACCAAUUACAUCCAGCACCAGCGAGAGCUCUCGGAGGUGCUUGUGGAGAUGGGCAGUAACUUGAUGCAGGUGGACGAUCAGAUUCUGACGCGUGCCCAGCAUGAGGAGAGAGCCUGCAGCUCCAUCGUCCACUCCCUGGAGACUCUGGCCUGGCCACAGCUCCACUCCGGCUCCCAGGACCUCUAUCUGGUCUCGCGCAACAUUGUGAUGCUGGCUCACCUCAUUCGCCCGGCGCAGUUCACGGGCAUGAGCUGCACAGCCUAUCAGAGGAGAGACGGGUCAGGGGUCGGUAGCCCGGAGGGUCAGGAGUCGCCUCACGAGCAGCAGCUUCACUUCCGCUGCAUGGCCAGAGCCGACAACACCUCCCUCAACAACUUCCCGCAGAAGAAUUCUUUGGCCUUGGCCUCUGUCUCGCUCCCUCCUACCCUGUUUCCUCCGGACGCUCCUGCAGACUGUAAACUGCAGUUUGUGGCAUUCCGUACCGGAAGGUUCUUUCCCUUUAUGGGGAACUCCAGCAGUGGCCUGGUGGACAUUUCCCGCCGUCGUAGCGUCAACACGCCAGUCAUCUUUGUUGGACUCGAUGGCUGCAGCAUGCGGAAUCACUCAGAGCCCAUCACCGUGUCCCUGCGCCAUUUGUCCCUGGGCAGUGACCCCAUAGCUGCCCAGUGGAGCCCGGAGAAGCAGGGAGGAUGGAGCCAAGAUGGCUGCCAGCUGGUCCACACGGAUGCCACCACCUCCACUCUGCACUGCUCGCUGCUCAGCAACUACGCUGUGCUGCAGGAUGUCCCAGACUUCCCGGGCCCCUCCCCCCUGCCUGUAGACGUGCUUCACCCGGUGGUGUACACCUGCACCGCUGUCCUGUUGCUCUGCCUCUUCACCAUCAUCAUCACAUACAUUCUCCACCACAGCUCCGUCCGCGUCUCCAGGAAAAGCUGGCAUACGAUCCUCAAUACCUGUUUCCAUAUUGCCAUGACUACAGCGGUCUUUGCAGGAGGCAUCACCCUCACAAGCUACCCCGUGGUGUGCCAAGCGGUGGGCAUUGCUUUGCACUACUCCUCCUUGUCCACCCUGCUCUGGAUCGGGGUCAACGCCAGGGUCAUCUACAAAGAGGCUGUCCUGCGAUUGCCACGGCAACCGGAGGGAGAGGUGGCGGUGGCGCCCACACAGAGGCCCAUGCUCAGGUUCUAUUUGAUAGCCGGCGGAGUUCCUCUCAUCAUUUGUGGCAUAACGGCAGCGGUCAAUCUGAACAACUACGGGGAAAACAGCCCUUACUGCUGGUUGGUGUGGCGGCCAAGUUUGGGGGCGUUCUUUGUCCCCGCCGGCCUGGUGGUGCUGGUGACCUGGAUCUACUUCCUGUGCACCGUCUUCCGGCUCCGGCGGCGCGGCUCGGAGAGCACCAAGGAGCUGGCCGCCUCGUCCGUCUCCUCGCCGCUGCCCGAGAGCCAGCCGGCGCUCAGCGGCAGCAACAGCGUGCUGUCCACGGACGACUCGGCGGCGGGGGGGUCCGGGGGGCACGCGCCCCCGCCGGUGGAGGACCAGUACUCGCUCAAGGUCCAGUUCCUGGCGCUGGUGACGGCCCACUUCCUGUUCCUGGCGCUGUGGUGCUGCGGGGCCAUGGCGGUGUGGCAGACGGGCCGCGAGGGGCGCCUGCUGUUCAGCUGCCUGUACGGCGUGGCCGCGGCCGGCCUGGGCGUCUUCCUGGCGGCCCACCACGGCCUGCGGAGGCUGGACGUCCAGGCCGCCUGGCUCGGCUGCUGCCCGGCGUACCGGCGCGCGCGGCCCAUGCAGGCGUACGGACGCUCCUGCGUGGCGGUCGGCGCCGGCCCGGGGCACGCGGCGGGCGCCUCGGAGCGCGGCUCGCAGCUCUACGUGAGCUGCGCGGCGCCCGGCGAGGCCAACAACUGCUCGUCGGCGCGCUCCUCGUCCACCCCGAGCGGCGCCAGCAGCAGCGUGGGCCCCGGGCCCUGCAAGCUCACCAACCUGCUCCAGGUGGCCCAGGAGAACGGCAACAGCACCGCCGCCGCCGCCGCCGUCGCCCGGACGACGACGGCCUCCGUCGCCGCCGUCGUCGGCAACAACCACGCCAACACCAACACCAGCACCAGCACGGAGAACAACGGCAAGCCCAAGAACAAUGCGCUGCCCAGCAUCAGUGUAGUAGCCCCGGCGCAGCAGCCCCAGCGGAGGAAGAGCAGCGGCAGGACUAAAGCGGGCGGCGCGCAGUACCACCACCGCGGGGAGGGCCGGGGCCACUACCGCCUCAAGGCCCUGAGAGGGGCCGGCGGCGGGGGCAGCGCGGGCGCCCUGGGGCCCCCGGGGCUGGAGCAGCUGGGCCUCUCCCAGGUGGGCCACCAUCACAAGCACGCCUCCAGCGAGAACGGCAGCCUGCGCAACCACAGCCACUCCGAGAGCCAGACGGGCCCGCUGACCAACGGCCGGCACGGCCCCGCCGACCCGCUGGCCACCAGCCCCUCGGAGGGCAGCGACGGCGGCAGCAGCGGCUGCCGGAAGCCCUUCGCCCUGCUGCCGUCGGUGGCCAGCCGGGUGGCCAUGCAGCACGGCGGCGGUGCCCAGAGGCGCUGCGCCAGCCGGGACAACCUCAAGCUGGCCGCGGCCGCCGAGCGCGAGGCCAAGCGCAGCUCCUUUCCGCUCAACGCGCCCAUGGGAACGGUCACGGGCUCGGCCACGGCCAACGCCACGUCGGCGGCGGCGGCAGGGAACGCCAACUCGAACGCGCCCAACGGGACUCUGAAAAACUCUGUGCUGGAGCUGGACACGAGUGGCACUGACCACUCCCAGAGCUCUGUGGGCAUGAGGAGCGGCGUGUGGAAAAGCGAGACCACGGUGUGACCAAUCAGACGUCCAUCCCUAUUCAAAAUGUAAAAACGCACCUUUUUGUCAAUGUCAGCUGACUUUACCCUUCCCUUGCGGGAUACUCGUGUACUUAUAAAAAAAAAUAAGCAAAUGUGGAACUGAAUUGAAGGUUGCAAACAAACAUGGGGAAGGAUAUAUAGUUUAUGUCAACACAGUCUUUGCGUCCCUGUCAUUUAGUUUUCAUGCAGCCGGGGAUAACACACAGGGGCAUGGAGCUGAGGUUUGAGGUUUGAUGUUUUGCUAUGAAAUAUGCAAAAAUGUAUGUUUGUAUGUUUUAAUAUCAAGGUAUUUCACCAUAGGUAACAGUAAAAAAAAAAAGUUACAAGCUAAGGAAUUUGUUGAAAAGAACAUUUCUACCCUUAAGUGUAUGUCGGUAAGCUUGGAGUUGAUCUGUUUUGU